CAACAAACUCAAGAAGUGCCGGCCCGGACACUGUAUAAUCUGUCCAUGUACAAUACCCCCUGAAUUACUCCGUUGCGGCACAUCCACCACAAUUGCGUCAGCAUGGGUACCGCUAAACCGCGUCCAUCUGUCGGCAGAGCUUCCGUCGCCAAAGCCCAGUCCUUCCAAGCCCUUCCGGAUAAAACAUUCAUUGUUGACAACGGCGCCUACACACUCAAAGCAGGAUAUGCGCCCGAAUACUCGCCGCCUGAUGAUCAAGAAAAGGCGCUUUUGGCGUGCGCCACCAUACCCAAUGCGAUUGUCAAGACACGUGGGAAUCGCAUUCACGUCGGCUCGCAAGUCAAUACACAUGUGACAGACUGGAACGAGAUGUCCUUUCGUCGGCCGGUAGAGAAGGGAUAUAUCGUUAACUGGGAAGCUCAGAAAGAGAUUUGGGAGCAUUCAUUCUUCGAUGAGAAGACUGUGCGGAGCAAGGAGUUGCGCAUUACCGACCCAGAAGACACAACCUUGGUACUAACGGAGGCGCCCAAUGCGUUGCCUGCCUUGCAGAAGAAUGCGGAUGAGAUUGUGAUGGAAGAAUGGGGCUUUGGUGGUUAUUACAGAAGCUUAGGACCGCCGCUGAAUGCCUGGAACGAAUUACGCACUCUCUUUGGAGAUCCGAUCGUCAAAGAUGCGGACGCUGUCGUGUCCCCGAGAGAAUGUUUACUGGUCAUCGAUUCGGGCUACUCCCACACCACAGUGACGCCUGUCUACCGGGGCCAGUCACUUCAACGUGCUAUACGCAGACUCGACCUGGGCGGCAAGCAUCUUACAAACUAUUUGAAGGAAAUGGUGUCAGUGCGGCAGUACAACAUGGUGGAUGAAACAUAUAUCAUGAAUGAAGUCAAAGAGGCUGUUUGCUAUGUGAGCAAUAACUUCGCUGGCGACUUGGAACAGACCUGGAAAGGCAAUCGGAAGCGUGGCCUCCCUGACUCGAAAGAAGGGGUUGCAGUGGACUAUGUCCUCCCGGACCCCAAUGCGGGGAAGAAGGGCUUCAUGCGACCACACGAUCCAUUGCUGAACGCUAAGAAGAGGAAAGGAGCCCUGUCCGGUGCCAGCGCUGAGGCGCUAUCUGAAGAUGCCUUGGUCUUGGGCAACGAGCGAUUCACUAUCCCGGAGAUCCUGUUCACCCCCAGUGAUAUUGGCAUGAAGCAGGCCGGAAUCGCAGACAUCGUUUUGCAGAGUCUCUCUGUAUUGCCCACCGGGUUGCACCCAGCCUUCUUGGCCAACGUCCUAGUCGUUGGCGGAAACUCACUAUUACCGGGUUUCUUGGAGAGAUUGGAGACCGAGCUGCGACAACUGGCGUCCGCUGAAUGUGUUGUUAGAGUGCGAUGUCCUCCAGAUCCAAUUCGAUGCACCUGGUUGGGGGCGUCACGAAUGGCCACCAAUAGAGAAGAAUUGAAAAAGGUUGCCAUCACGCGUCAAGAAUACCAAGAGUAUGGUUCUUCCUGGGCUGGUCGGAAGUUUUCUGGUGCAUUAUAGCCGGUCGGAAUCGGGAAGUUCGAGGCUAAGGCGCGACUCGCGUCUUUCUGGGUUUGAACUGCAGCUGUUUGUUCGUCAUUACAGGCUGGCACCUUUCCUGUUUG